ACACACAUGAGAAUACAUACUGGAGUGAAACCUUUUACUUGCUCUGUUUGUAAGAAGAGUUUCUGUAGAAAGGGUGACAUGACCACACACAUGAGAACACACACUGGAGAGAAACCUUUUACUUGCUCUGUUUGUAAGAAGAGUUUCUCUAGAAAGGGUGACAUGACCACACACAUGAGAACACACACUGGAGAGAAACGUUUUACUUGCUCGGUUUGUAAGAAGAGUUUCUCUAGAAAGGGUGACAUGACCACACACAUGAGAACACACACUGGAGGGAAACCUUUUACUUGCUCUGUUUGUAAGAAGAGUUUCUCCAGAAAGAAACAAGUGACCACACACAUGAGAACACACACUGGAGAGAAACCUUUUGCUUGCUCUGUUUGUAAGAAGAGUUUCUCCAGAAAGGAACAAGUGACCACACACAUGAGAACACACACUGGAGAGAAACCUUUUGCUUGCUCAGUUUGUGUUAAAAGAUUCAGCACUAAAAUUGACAUGACCACACACAUGAGAACACACACAGAUGAGAAACCUUUUACUUGCUCUGUUUGUAAGAAGAGUUUCUCCGGUAAGCGAAAUAUGACCAGACACAUGAGAACACACACUGGAGAGAAACAUUUUGCUUGCUCAGCUUGUGCUAAAAGAUUCUACUCUAAGAAUGACAUGAUAUUACACAUGAGAACACAUACUGGAGAGAAACCUUUUACUUGCUCUGUUUGUAAGAAGAGUUUCUCCGGUAAGCGAAAUAUGACCACACACAUGAGAACACACACUGGAGAGAAACCUUUUGCUUGCUCAGCUUGUGCUAAAAGAUUCUACUCUAAGAAUGACAUGAUAUUACACAUGAGAACACAUACUGGAGAGAAACCUUUUAUUUGCUCUGUUUGUAAGAAGAGUUUCUCCAGCAAGCAUCACAUGACCACACACAUGAGAACACACACUGGAGAGAAGCCGUUUAGUUGCUCUGCGUGUGUUAAAAGGUUCAGGUAUAAUUAUCAGGUGAGUAAACACAAGUGUGUAACAGUCAUGGAAGCUGCAGGGAUGUAAAAACACUUAAACAGUGAUUGUGCUAAAUGUAGUUUAAAAACACAGCAUGUUUAAUAUGAAUGUAUAUUUGAUGUUGUAUGUAGUGCUUCUCAUCUUCUAGUCUUAUAUGUUGUCCUGUACUUACUUUUUAAGUUGUGUGCAUGUAUUGAAUAUUAUAUAUGUAGCGACUGUUAAGUUCCACUCUUCUACUCCAAAAAGGACAACAAACGAUUUCCAACUGAUCAACUUUUUAUUUUCCAACUUGAAGCAUUGUUGGUUUAAUUUCAGUUGAUCUUCAAAAUCAUCAGUAGGUUGUAAACCUUUAAACCACAAAA